AUGUCGUCGGUCGAUGAUCUCCUUGGAGGAAUAAUACUGGCGCUAGAGCAGACGAAGGCGUCUGUUUCAGCUGCUGAAACAAAGUUCAUUGCUGAAAGCGGUGAAUAUUUGCCCACAUUGAUCAAAGACCUCUUGUCAAAGACACAGUCGGACUUGGAAGGAAUGUCCUUAUUAUCUUUGAAAAACAGCUCCUUGUUGUCAUACAUCAAUAAUUUAGUGGUUGUUAUCUUGGCCCACUUAGAACGAAUCAACGAAGAUGCAGACACAGACAAUAUCGAGGAACUCAAAUCUAAAGCAGUCGAAGGUGUUGUCAAACAAAGAGUGUGCUUGGAGAAAGGUGUUAAGCCUUUGGAGAAAAAGUUGACUUACCAGUUAGAUAAAAUGGUCCGCUCGUAUCACAGGAUGGAAGAAGAUAACGCCAAGAUGGAAGCAAAAAUCAACACCCAAGCAGAGGAAGCACAAGACAAUGAAUCUGCGUCUGAUUCCGAGUCAGAGGACUCGUCCGACGAAGAUGAAGAUGCACUUUCAUACAAACCUGAUGCAUCAGCAUUGGCCAAGAUGGCCACCAAGAACUCCAGGAAAGGGAAAUCCGAAUCAUCCACCGAAGACAAAUAUAGACCUCCAAAGAUUUCUGCCGCAGCACCUCCUCGUGCCACGUUUGACGAUCGGGCAGUGGGCAAAAAACCCACUCGAAAAUUACAAAGUAUGGAAGAGUAUUUGGCGGAAUCUUCGGAUUUGCCCCAAGCCGAAAGUUCUAUUGGUGCUACAAUCGUGGAUCAUGGUAGAGGCGGUGUGAAAACAAGCAGAGAUAAACAGAAAGAGAAGGAAAUCCAAAGAUACGAAGAGAGCAAUUUCACAAGAUUGCCUUCGACGGCGACAAAGAAAACUUUCAAACAAAAGAUGGCUGAACGUGCUAACACUUUUGCUGGUGAAGAUUGGUCGAUGUUCAAUAAUAAGAGAGACUUGAAAGAUGGUACUUCAAGAAAAAGAAAAGCUGGCACUGCUUGGGACAGAGUCAAAAGGAGACACGCUUGA